AUGGUUCUGGGGCACAUUGCCAAUGGAGGUCUUGGAGAUUCGGAGUUACAGGUGAGUGAUAGGAAGGGUGAUCUUGAUCCAGUUGUUCUUUCUGAUCAGGAUGUAGGAGGUAUGAAAGGAGGGAAGACUUACAGAGAUAUGGUGCUAGGGGAAGAGAAUGUGGUUAUGCUAGAUGAAGAGCAAAAAGACGAGGUAGAAGAAGGUGAUGUCGAAGGUAGUGAUGGUGGAGUUAUAGUUGAGGAAUGUCAGAUUGGAGGAUAUGAUUGUCCAGCAUUCAGACUGUCAAAAUAUGAAGAAAAAAGAAUCCAACGUCCAUGGAGGAGGGGAGUUAUUGUAAAGCUUCUUGGAAGGAAAAUAGGAUAUAAAGCCUUGGAAGCAAGACUAAGACAGAUGUGGGUUAGAAGAGGGAUGAUAAGUAUCGUGGAUUUGGGAAAUGACUAUUAUUUGGUAGCUUUUUCACAUGAGGAUGAUAAAAAUGUUGCUUUGUCGGAUGGGUCAUGGUUCAUAUACGAUCACUAUUUAACUGUCAAGGAGUGGUGUCCAAAUUUCCACAGUGAGAGUGAUACCAUUGAAAGGGUAACAGUCUGGUUGAGAAUUGCUGGUCUACCAAUAGAGUAUUAUGAUCCUAUCAUACUUACUACUAUUGGGAAUAGGAUUGGAAAAACUGUUAAAGUGGACAAAACGACAUCCCAGGUUGAAAGAGGCAAGUAUGCUAGGAUAUGCGUGGAAGUUGAUCUUUCGAAACCCUUACUUGCCAUGUUUACGAUUAAAAAGAAGAUGUACAAGAUUGAGUAUGAAGGAUUACACCUUAUAUGUCUGGUCUGUGGUAGAUUUGGACAUUAUAAGGAGGGUUGUUCAGAGAAUAAACGUGUGAAUAAUGAUUCUAGUGAGAAAGGUGGCAACAGUAGUGAAGCAACACAUGGAGUUGGAGAUUUGCUCCAAGGAGGUAUGGGUGAUGGUCCUUGGAAGGUGGUCCAGAAACAGAUAAGAGGGAAGAAAUUGAUGGGGGAGAAGAAAAACAGUUCGCCGGCGAUCAUCAAUGGGAGAAGCGGAAUAUCGGGAUCACGUUUUAAUUUGCUGAGUCAGGAAAAUCCUGAAGUUAAUGUGAUCAAUCCCAAAGGAGAUAUUGUGGCCUAUGAAAGGGAAGUUAAUAAUGGUAUUAAUGUCGAUUUGGAGGAAAAUAGUUACAAAGGAGGAAAGAGAAAGGAGGACUGUAAUGAGGAGCCCAUAAUUAUGCAUGCUAUUGGCCAUGAUGACGUGCACGUAAAGAAUAGAAUUAAUGGAGAUAAUAAGGGCAAUCAUGGAAAAGGAAAAAUGUUGGGGGACAAGGAGAGAGGCAAGAAGGUCUAUAAUCUGGCGACACGUGGAAAAGUUUCAUUCAAAGGGAAGAAUAAUGGAGGAAGGAACGGUGGGGAGAAUACUAGAGUUGACAAAGCGAAAUUCCAAAAAUCCAAUGUAGUUGAGCAAGAUAGUAGGAAUACGGUAUUGAUUCCGCAAAUUGUAAUAGCCGAUUCAGUGGAUAAAGAGUUAGGUACGAUGCUGGGACAAUCCAUAAUUAAGGCUGGCCAUGAACACUUAGGUAACGAAGCUAGUCUUGGGGGUGGUAGCAGUACGAGCAGACCUCCGGAUAAGGGCAUAUUCGGUAAGAAUAAAUUCCCCAGCAGUGGUAGCAAAGAGAUAAGGAGUGCUAUUUUGCAUAUUGACGUGGAUAACACAAACAUGCAAGAUGGAAGUGAAGAGAUAGAAGAGGAAAUAGUUGUAGAAACCCUGGAAGUGAAUAUGGGUUAG